UGGAAAAUGAGACGCGCCGGUUUAAUCAAACCGCUGUUGCGUAUACAUAAUAACAAAACCCAAGUAUGGAGGCAGAACUACGCAACUCAAGUGGAGAAAACUUUGCCAGAAUGUGCCCUGGACCCCAAGGAAUAUGUGGACUUCAAGCGGCAACUGCGACAGAUCAACUUGCCCCACAAGGACGGCCACACGUGCUUGCAACUGGAGUGCCGGCUGUGCGAUCGCAACAAGCCACCGGUCCAACAACAAGGCACAGGCCAAGGGCUGCUGGCUUAUGUAAACAAAAGGACUGGUGCUUUCAUAUGCCCGAAUUGUGAUGUAAAAACUUCGUUAAGCAACGCGCUACCGGCAUAUCUGAUACCCUCGCCUGAGAGUUACAAGAGGCCGCUUCAAAGAAAGCCCAUCUUUGAAUCUCGCUUUCCAGACUUAAUAGAUGUCACUCCCGAGGCCUGCGAGGCUCUGGGCAUCAAAGGAUUGAAGGAGGCGCAGCUAAAUGCUAUUGGUGCCAAAUGGGAGCCACAGCAACAGAUUCUGCAUUUUCAGUUACGCAAUGCAGCACAUCAUGUGGUCGGCGAGAAAGUACUCCACCUGGGAAAUCGAUGCGAAGAGACCUUCCAGGAUGGCGCCAGCUCUGGAAUUCUUAUUCAUGGAGUCGGAAACAAGUCUAAAGCUGUCAUAGUCAGCAAUCUCGUGGAUUUUGUUGUGCUCGCCACUCAAAACUUGGAAACGCAUUGCAUUGUGUGCCUGCCGUAUGAGUUUAAAAUGCUGCCGCAGGAGUGCCUGCCAGGCUUGGAACGUUUCAAGGAGCUGGUUUUCUGGCUGCAUUACGAUAGCAGCCACAGCUGGGACGCAGCUCGCUCUUUUGCUCAAAAAAUGGACGAGCGACGGUGUUUGUUAAUACGACCCACUGAAACGGAACCAGCGCCUCAUAUAGCGUUGCGAAAGCGGCUUAACCUGCGCCACAUCCUGGCCAAAGCGACACCCGUCCGUCACAGAGCGAUCACAACUUUUGGUGCUAUGCGCAAUGACAUCCUCAGCGAGUUGCAAAAUAUCGAGAAGGUGAAUGGAGUGAAGUGGAAACGCUUUCCUGUUCUAAACAAACUACUGAAAGGUCACCGUCGCGGAGAGUUGACCAUCCUUACGGGACCCACUGGCAGCGGAAAAACAACCUUCAUGAGCGAGUACUCUCUAGAUUUGGCCAUGCAGGGUGUUAGCACUCUGUGGGGCUCGUUUGAGAUUCGCAACACGCGAUUGGCGGCCACUUUGCUGCGCCAAUAUGUUGGGUACCCCCUGGACGAUCGGCUGCAGGAAUUCAACCAUUGGGCUUCUGAGUUUGAACGUCUGCCACUAUACUUUAUGACCUUCCAUGGUCAGCAGCCGCUCAAACCGGUGCUGGAGGCCAUUGAACACGCCUCCUAUGUCCACGAUGUAAUGCACGUUAUCAUCGACAAUCUCCAGUUUAUGAUGGGCGUCUCCACGUAUCGGGGUGAUAAGUUCUGGGAACAGGACGCCAUUAUUGCCGCUUUCCGGGGAUUCGCCACAAAGCAUAAUGUGCAUGUCACAUUAGUUAUGCAUCCGCGCAAGGAACGACAGGAGGACGAACUGACUACCAGUUCGGUGUUCGGGACAGCCAAAGCUACACAGGAGGCAGACAAUGUGCUGAUCAUCCAGGACAAGCGGCUGACAUCGGUGCGUGGCAAGAAGUAUCUGCAGAUUGCCAAGAAUCGUUAUUGCGGUGACUUGGGCAUAAUGCCACUGGAGUUUGACAAGGACGCCCUGAGCUACUCCACCCAGAUCCAAAGUGCCAAGAAACGCCGGGAGCAGAAAGAAAAGACGGCUACAGAGACUUGACCUAUAUAUGCAUUUGUUGUACUGCACGUAAAAAUUAAGCUGUUAUCUAUGCCUAGGUUAGGAUUAAGAGAAAACCCCUUUUAUAAAAUGCAUCACGUCGA